CUUCCACAAGUCAGCCAAGUACUACACGUCUUUUUACACACUACAGCAGGCUCUUGAUUGAUCUACAUCGACUGGCCCCCAUGCACCUUCAUUUGAACAGAAAAAAUUCAUUAAUAUCGUUGUGCACGCUUUACUCGUCUCCGCCGAUAAACCUGACCGCCGAAUCUGAUAAUUCGCGAUUCAAACCCAUAUCUCUUCUAAGUCCCCAAUCUACGACAAUCAAAGCCAAAAGGACAAUACCACUUUGAACGAGAGACGAAGAGACGUGUUUUUAAUACCAAUCUGAUCGUUUGUGCUGGGAGUGGAGAUGGCGAAGAAGAAGAAAUCGCAACUCAAACCAGUUGUCCGUGGAUUCGCGACAACGUCAGUGCCGAAGAAAGUGGUGGAAAACGAACAAAAAACAGAUGAUAGUACCGCGGAUCCUACAGUUGAAGAGACCCCAGCAAGUGACUCGUCGCACUCCAGCAUGUUUGCUCAAGCCCAAUCUGAUGCUCCUAAUGACCACUCUUUCGACCCGGAUAAAGUAGAAGAACAGUCUCUGCAGAACCUCGUCGAUAAGUAUCAGGAGAAGACGGAGAAAGAGACGCUCAGAACCAUCAAGGCUCUUGAGGUUGACCGACGGUUUUCAAAGACAUUGCCUUCAUUGCAAGUUGAUUCAGCUCUAGUAGACCGCAUCCUCAAAUUAAAUUCUGAGAGCCCUGAGUGUGAGAGAAAACUUUUAGAGGAGGCAGAAGAGAAAACAGUGACACGACUUGGAAUUACCUAUGGAAUUCUGAGAAGGCUGGGCUUUUCACAGGAUAGGGUAGAUGAAUGCCUCAGGGCAAUCCAGGGAGUAGACUUGGAGGAAGCAUAUGAAUGGUUUUACGUCCACUGCUCGGAAGAAGAACUUGAAGAGAAAGUGGCUGACGACCUUGACGACUCGAAAGUCCCUCGUAGAAAGCGUAAAGAGCUUCAGUCUCCGACGCCAAGAAGCCCUUUACCGUCAUCCACCCCGUUACUACCUUCUCCAGCAGCGACAGUUGCAUCAAAGCUUGAUGCGAAUGCUCCAGUGUUCGUACCGGCGAGACAGCAGCCAGCCUCAGAUAAAGACUUGCUCAAAGCUCGAGCUCUUGCUUCUUCCCAAUCGACGAAGUCUACACCGUCGAGAUCCAGUUCACCUGAUAUCGACGACCUAGUCGCGGAGUACAUUCGUAUAAAGAUGCAGAUAACCGACCUCACCGCCAGAGGCAAGCCAACGACUGACUGUGACCCCGUACUGGUUCAGCAUCUCCAGGAAAAGUUGAUGGCUGUGAAGUCGCACUACUUCUUUGACGAGAAAGAUGCAGAAAUGCAGUAUCGGUCGGAACGUGCCAAGGCUGACGCCCUUUCACUCCAGUCAAGAUUGCGAGGAUCGAACCCAAAGCUACCAGCGACGCAAGGGAAGAAACUGGCAAAGCCGUUCAAUGCUGGCUCACCUGUUGAUGCGCAAGACGUGCAUAUCCCGUCUGAUAUUACCGACAUCUUUGAUCAAAACGAGGAGGGUCUUGGUGGUAUGCUUGAGAUCUUGGAUACCCUCCCUUCCGAAGUUGCCGGCGAGGAAGGGACAACAAUUCGCGUGCGGGACAUGGUCUUGCCCAAGCACUGGUCCAGUAAAACACCGAAGACACUUCUAGCCGAGUUUGUUUUCAAAGUUGACCGUAUUGUUUCUGGGCCGAGUCGUGCGAAACGUGCAAGCGUUAUGGUGAGCUGGGAGGGAAAAAAGAUGGAUGAGUGGGUCAUGUGCGAUGUUGCCUGUCAUACUGAAAGUCAGGCCGAGUACUAUGUCGCAACGCUUGCUUUGCACGCUCUUACAUUCCCUGCCACUGAUGGCUUUGCCGUUGGAUCUUCCGGUGCUUUAGCCAAUCACACAUCGUUUCGGGAUUUAUGGGACGAGCUUGAGACGGACAGAAAGUUGCGGGAAGAUCUGAUCAAUCGCCAAGUUUGGGCGAAUUUGAGAAGCAUCGUUGAACAAAAGAUUGAUGUUCGUCCAGCGCUGACGGAGAAGAGUACAAAAGUCGGCGCAGAAGUCAAAGACUCCAUACCAGUUCGGCUUCCGCCUCGCAAUGAUAUCGGCUCAUAUCAUAUCAUUGCAGACUUCAGGGCACGACAGAUCCGACCUGCAUACCAAGAAAUGCUUCAUCACCGCAAUCAGCUUCCUAUUGCGAAGUAUAAGGACGAAAUCCUAUCCGUUCUUGAUCGUUCGCAGAUCCUCGUCCUCAGUGGUGAGACUGGCUGCGGCAAAUCAACACAAGUUCCUGCAUUCAUUUUAGAAGAUCAGCUUGCACGUGGCCUCCCUUGCAAGAUAUAUUGCACAGAGCCGCGUCGAAUAUCAGCGGUGUCUCUCGCUCAACGAGUUUCCCGCGAGCUAGGCGACUCUGCAGGUGCCGUAGGAACUUCAAGCUCGCUUGUCGGAUAUUCGAUUCGGUUGGAGAGCAAUACUACACGGAAUACCCGCCUGGCGUAUGUCACGAAUGGUAUUGCCCUUCGUAUGCUAGAGGGAGGCACAGGCCCCAAUGGUCAAGGUACUGCAUUUGAUGAGAUUACACACAUCAUUAUUGAUGAGGUCCAUGAACGUAGCAUUGAGUCGGACUUCCUUCUCAUUGUUCUGAAAUCUCUUCUUUCCCAGAGAUCAGAUUUAAAAAUCAUUCUCAUGUCGGCUACUGUGGACGCGGACAAGCUGUCCAAUUACUUCAACGGAUGCCCGACAUUACAUGUCCCAGGUCGAACCUUCCCUGUAGACGUUCGCUUCUUAGAGGAUGCUAUAGAGUACGCAGGUUGGUCCAUCCAGGAAAAUUCGCCGUAUGCGAUCCAUCUACGUGAUAAAUCUCACAAGAACAAGAACAGGAUUGAAUGGGACGAAGACACCGUCUAUGCCAAUGAUGACGAAGAGACGCUUGUCGAUGGCGGACAGGACAUCUCAAGCCAGUCAAUGAGGCUGGAAAAGCGUUACUCCUAUCAAACGAUUAACACCAUCAACCUUCUUGAUGAGCGCGCGAUUCCUUAUGAGUUGAUUCUUCGUCUAUUAGAACGCCUCUGCUUUGAGGAUAAAGAGAGCCAUCAUUUUUCAGCGGCCAUUCUAAUUUUUAUGCCUGGUUUAGGGGAAAUUCGGCGUAUGAACGAUCUCCUUGCCGAACAUCAUACCUUUGGAGAUGAAAACAGCUGCAGGGUAUACCCUUUGCAUUCUACACUGUCGAACGAUAAUCAGAGCGCAGUCUUUGACAUCCCUCCGCCGGGAGUUCGUAAGAUCGUUAUAGCGACCAACAUCGCUGAGACCGGCAUCACUAUUCCUGACAUUACCUGCGUCAUAGAUACUGGUAAACAUCGCGAGAUGAGGUUUGACGAAAAGCGCCAACUCAGUCGCUUGGUCGAAACAUUUGUUGCCAAAAGUAAUGCUGCUCAGCGUAGGGGUCGCGCAGGACGGGUGCAGAAUGGACUAUGCUUCCACUUGUUCACCAAGAUUCGUCAUGAUACACUGUUGGCGGAUCAUCCUUUGCCAGAGAUGAUGCGGCUCAGCUUAUCGGAUCUCGCCCUGCGCAUCAAGAUUAUGAAGGUAAAAAUCGGUACGUCCAUCGAGGACGUGUUAUCCCGCGCACUGGAUCCUCCAACACCCAUCAAUGUGCAAAGAGCUAUCUCGGCGCUGGUUGAGGUUCGCGCUCUCACACAGUCAGAAGACAUCACUCCGAUGGGUAGGCUUCUGAGCAUGUUGCCUACAGAUGUCCAUCUAGGGAAAUUCUUGCUCACCGCCGUGUCGUUCCGAUGUUUGGACCCCGCGCUAACAAUUGCUGCCGCUUUGAGCUCCAAGUCUCCAUUCAUAGUACCAAUGGGUAUGGAGCAAGAUGCAGACCGUGCCAAGAGUUCGUUCCGUGUUGAUAACUCAGACUUCUUGACGAUCCACAAUGCUUUUUCGAGUUGGCGUAGAGCAUCCGAGAAUCCCAGUUUUGUGCGCAAGUUCUGUCGGGUCAAUUUCCUUAGCCACCAGAACCUUCAACAAAUUGAAGAGUUACGCCAACAAUUCCUAGGCUUCUUAGUUGACUCUUCGUUUAUCACCGUCGACAGGGGUUUUGUUCGAGAGCUCAGCCGUGCGCGUUUCGGUCGCAACCGUACGCGCUUCGUGAACGUACCGCCGCCUCUGGAUAGCAAUGGAUCUAAUAUUGCUCUCAUUAACUCGGCUCUCACUGCGGGACUUUAUCCUAAAGUGCUUGCGAUCGACUCUACCUCUGGGCAAAUGCGCACUAUAUCGAACAACCAACCUGCUGCUUUUCACCCUACUUCCCCCGCUGACCUUGGUGCCAAUCAUCUUGUCUACUUCACACUCAUGCACUCCAAGAAGAUGUAUGCUUGGGAAACCGGGCCCAUCGACGAUCUUGCUAUCGUGCUCCUAUGUGGGGAGUGUGAAUUCAAGCUUCCCUCCAACAUGCUGUCCAUUGAUCGGAAAAUCCGAUAUCAACUCACCCCUAAGGCGAAUGUUGCGCUCAAGGUCCUUCGCCAACACCUAACCACGAUCCUUGCACAGCAGCUUCGUGGCAAACCACUAAUGGAAUCUCAGGUUUUAUGGUAUGAUCUUGCCAUCACAGCAUUGGGAAAAAUCAAGCUGGAAACGGGGGAUGACAACACGAAGUUGAUGAUUAAAUGACAUAAUGUAGCCGAGCAGCCUCUGACAUACAACUAUAUAAUGUGAUACAGUACCUAUGUCGUUGACUCAAGGCAAGAUAGAUGCACUUGCACUUGUCCACAUGAAUGACCAUGAUGCAUAACUCAGCCAUAGAUGUCAAUUUCAUAUGUCAUGACAUAGCCAUGAUACAUCAUCAACAACAUAACAUGUGGAGUGAUGAGAUUACUCCUCGUCUUCGUCCUCGCCAUCGCGACUGCAAUUUCUGUGAGAUACAGGUUUCGAUCCGUGAAAAUCACUUACGCGAUGUUGUAGAAACGUAGCUGGAUACAUAUCCUUCGAUGAUGCAACUACCCGGAUCCAGUCGCGCAGGGUGUUUUUCUUCAAGAACUUCUUCGUCAAGUACUUGAGGUAGCGUUUUGAGAAAGGGAUGUUCGAGGUAACAGUGAUUUUGCUGUUGCCUAUCAAGAUAGGUAAGUAUACUACAAGUCAGCGUUGACAGAA